CUCGGUCCUCACCCUCUGAUUCUUAACUAUCAUCUUGCAAGCACCACCCCGCAACCUGCCUCCCAUUACAAUCUCGACCUCAACCACCACCACAACCACACCCACAACCACACCCACAACCACACCCACAACCACACCCACAACCACAACCAAAACCCAAGAUGACCCGCGCCACCACCUUCACCGAGCUCUACUCCGGCAAAGGCAUCCUGGAGACGUACCUGAUCGCCGAGAAGAUCACGCGGUACUUCACGCAGGACCUGAUCACGCUGUCGGGGAUCCUGAACUCGCCGCAGCGCCCGCUGAAGGUGCUCGACCUGGCCUGCGGGACGGGGGUCGUGGCCGAGAAGCUGCACGAGGUGCUGGCGGAGCAGCGUGCGGGCAGCUGGGAGUUGAUAUGCGGCGACAUCUCGACGGAGCUGACGGGCCACGUCAAGCGCAAGAUCGUGGAGGAAGGGUGGUCAGCCAACACGAGCGCGCGGGUGAUGGACGCGCAGAGCACGGAGCUGCCGGCCGCGGAGUUGACGCAUGUGUUUGCGGCCCUGGCCUGGACCUCAUUCCCGGAUACCUACGCCGCGUUGAAUGAUACCCUCCGCAUCCUCCAACCAGGCGGCACAUUAACCCUCUCCACCUGGCAGAAAACGGAAUGGCUCCCCGUCCUCGAAGCCGCCGUGCGCACCAUCUCGGCCAGUCCCGAGCUCCCCUUCCCCACGACCAAGGAAUUCAUGUCCUGCAUGAACCCGGGCUGGGACGACGAGGCAUACGUGCGCGGCCGCCUCGAGCAGGCCGGCUUCGUGCGCGUCCACACCACCACCAUCUCCCAGGCGUUCCACACCUCCACGGCCGAUCUGUACAGGAUCGCCGCGCCCGUCAUCCCCAUCAUCGUCAGUAAGUGGUGGUCCGCGGCGCAGCGCGAGGCCCACGAGGCGGAGAUCCUGCCGGCGCUGGGGAGGUAUCUCGAGGAGACGUACGGGGCGUCGGGGUUGGUGCCGCAGCGGUGGACGGCGGUUUUCGCGAGGGGGGAGAAGAGCGAGUAAUUUACCUUCGGGAUGAGAGAGGAGUGUGGUCGUAGAUUGAUUUCUGAGUUGGAGAACUGCGUUUAGGGAAGGGGGGGAAGUGAAGGGGUUGAGGUUGCAUGUCUUGGGGGUGGUGGGCUGUGAUGGAUGGAGACGAGAGGCUAAACUGAACUAUGGACUGGGAUAUAGCUGCG